UCUCGCUUUACUUUCCUACUAGGGUUUUUCGCUUCAGGUCGUCUUCGUGCCAGUGUUUCUAGGGUUCUAGUCUGCCGCAGGUUUCGAGAUCGCAAUUCCUGAAUGGACUCAACGAGAUGGAUGUGAUGAAGAGAUUCACUAGUUCGUCGGAGAUUCAGGGCUACCCGGAACUGUCUUCGAUUUCGAGCCUUUUUGAUGAUUUCAUAGGAGGGAUUGCUUUCGAUACUAAGCAACAAGAUGUUAACGGGUUCACGAUGACUUCGGAUAUUAAUAAUGUCGACGUUAUGCAAGUCCAACAAGUCUCAAAUCUUGAUGGGCAGAAUGUGCAGCCGCCACCAGUGACAAAGAUGUACAAACGAAACCGAAAGAGAAGCCUUGCAGUUUCUUCAGAAGAGUCACAACAGCCUGCUGAUUCAGAUGAACUUAGUUCGGGAAGCAGUGAAGAUACGGCUCCUUGUUCGAAAAGGUUGAAGGUUGAAACUAAAGAAGGACUUGCACACUCGCAGUGUGAGUCUCCUGUGUCGUUUGAUUCUGAAGUGAUGCAAGUGAAGAUGGGAGAGGCUGAGAACUCCAUACAAGAGGAGCCGAAACCAGAAGUACUUGUCGAUGAAGUAACAAAGGAUGGAGUGUUAACAGCAGAGCACAUCAAUGCUCAUUUGCUGAGUCUAUUGUCUACCGCAGCGCCAAUGCAUUGUUCAAACUAUGAUCGAGUGUGUCAGUUUUGUGCAUCCGGUAGGCUAUUGUUUGCGGCGACUCCAUUGUACUGUUCAAACUGUGGUGGCCGUAUCAAGGAGAGAGCAAACUACUACAGCACACCAACUGAGCAUGGUGCAAAGUAUUGUUUCUGUUCGCGGUGCUAUAACAAUACAAGAAGUGGAGAUAUCUCAUUGGGGGAUACCAAAGUUUCAAAGGCGACACUCGCAAAGAAGAAAAAUGAUGAGGAGAUAGAGGAGCCAUGGGUGCGGUGUGGUAGGUGUGAGGGAUGGCAACAUCAGAUAUGUGCUCUCUAUAAUGAUAAGUGUGAUUCGGACGAGUAUGUAUGUUUCAAAUGUCUGUUGAAAGAGAUGGAAUUCGGAGAGCACAAGCCGAAAAAUGUUGGUUUUUGUGCUAAAGAUCUGCCAACUAGUAUGCUUAGUGACCACAUCGAGAAAAGACUCAUUAGGUGCCUCGAGCAAGAGAGACGAAAGAGAAGGUCAAAGGAUAAAGGAAAUGAAUCUUCUGAGGUUCUAGGAGUGGAAGGUCUUGUUGUAAGAGAGGUUUUAUCGGUUGAGAAAACAGUUAAAGUGAAGCAGCAGUAUUUGGAUCUGUUUCCUGAACAGAGUUACCCUGCUGAAUUCCCAUACAAAUCCAAGGUCAUUCUUAUGUUUCAGAAGAUUGAUGGUGUAGAUGUGUGUAUUUUCGGAAUGUAUGUGCAAGAGUUCGGCUCAGAAUGUAGCUAUCCAAAUAAGGGUUGUGUUUAUAUAUCAUAUCUUGAUUCAGUCAAGUACUUUAGACCUGCAGAAGCAAGAGCUGUGACAGGAGAAGCUCUUCGGACAUUUGUUUACCAUGAAGUAUUGAUAGGAUACCUUGAGUUUUGCAAGAAACAAGGCUUCGUGACAGCCUACAUAUGGGCCUGCCCCCCUUCAAAGGAAGAAGAUUAUAUUCUGUACUGCCAUCCACCAAUGCAGAAGACACCCUUGCCAGUUAAGCUGCGUAAAUGGUAUCAGUCGAUGAUAAAGAAAGCAAGUAAUGAAGGGAUUGUGGUCGGCACCACUAACUUAUAUGAUCGGUAUUUUAUUCCUAGUAGUACUGGGGAAUGCCACUCCAAGGUCACAGCAGCUCGUUUGCCACAUUUUGAUGGUGACUAUUGGUCUAAUGCUGCUGAAGAUUUGAUCAAGGAGAUUGGCAAGGAGGAGGAGACAAAAAUUAGAAAGAGAACUUUAGAAGCGAUGGGACAUACAAAUGCUUCUGAUGGUUCCACCAAAGAUAUUCUUCUGAUGCAGAAACUGGGGGAUGCUAUCUUAACCAACAGGGAGAAUUUCAUGGUCGUCAAUUUUCAGUAUGUUUGCAUUCGCUGCAACGAAGCGAUAUUAUCUGGGGAACACUGGUCUUGUAGUCAGUGCAAAAACUUUCACCUUUGUGAAAAAUGCCAUAGCCUUUGUGGUGGGAAGGACACGCACAUGACAGUCGACAUGGAACAACAUGUGCUCUCUCAGGUAAUAGUACUACUGGAGGAUUAUGAGCUUCCUGAUACAAAGGAUAGAGAGGUUAUUUUGAACAAUGGUUUAUUCGAGGAAAGGACUUCUUUCUUGAACUUCUGUGUGAAGAAUCAUUAUCAAUUUGACACGCUUCGCCAGGCCAAGUAUUCCUCACUGAUGAUUCUCCAUCACCUCAGUGAUCUUACUGCACUGACUAGUGCUGAGAAGAACAAGACAUGCAGCAGCAUUGGCCAUAAAGUUGCUGAUCAGAGCUGGAUAUGUGAGAUUGAUCAAGACAAAGGCAGUUCACCCACGGUUGGUCAUGUGACAAAGAUCAGUAGAGAGACACAACUGACUGAAGGAUUGAGUCCAGCAUCGAUAAAGGAACUGCUCCAUGUGUUGGAACAUGCUGCUGUGUGUUACCCUAUCAAGAACCGGCCUUGCUCUUACCCUAACACAAACUGCCUCAAAAUUAAAAAGCUAUUUGUCCAUGUAAAGAAGUGCACUGUUCGAGCUGCUGGAGGUUGUGAACUAUGUAAAAAGGCAUGGCUUGGAUUGAUUUUGCAUUCGAAAGAAUGUAGAAAAUCAAAUUGCAUUGUACCGCGUUGCAUGGACCUGAGGAAGUACACAGAUCAGCGAGGGAAAACCAGAGAUGGGACUAAAAGAUAUAAAGCUAGCAUUGAGGUGUCCAGUUGUUCAAGCCAGACCUUGUUGCCAACAGAAUCACAGUGGUUGCCUGAGACUGGGAUAUGGGUAUUCCCAUACAUUAUUCCAUUUUAG